AGCGCUUGGUGUUUUUCGGACAGAGGAGCAAUUUCGGCGCUUUCAGUUCAGAGCCCGCGGGCGAGACACGGAGGGCAGGCUCUCCUCGGGAGGACGGACUGGCAGUGAGGGAGAUCCCCCGGCCCAGGUGAGAGGAAAAUGAAGGUCCAGCUGGUGCUGACAAUGCUGUUUGCCUGCAGUGUGUUCACAGCUCAUGGGAAGCACCCACGUACCUUCACACCGGGACUCGAGGGAAGCACUGUAGGAAAUCUGACUGCCCACGGAUGCUACUCGGGAUGGGGCACCUCAAGGGCUUCAUUGGACCGGUGCUGCCGGCUCCGUGCCUGCUGCUAUGCCAAGCUGGCGGCUCGGCGGUGCCCCGUGGGACCCUUCCAGCCCCUCUCAGCACCCCAGGCAGGAAUCCCCACCUGCAGGUCGGGGACGUGGUGCCAGAGAAGUGCCUGCAGGUGCGAGCGGGCGGCCCUGCUGUGCCGGAUGCGCGGCCAGAGGCUGCUCCGGCGCCGCAUCAAGUGCCGGGGACGAGCCGGGAGGUGCUGAAGCAAAAAAUUCCCUUUGCAAAACCACCUCCGGGCUGAUCCGCGAAGGGACGGCGCCGGCAGCGCUUCCCAGCCCUGGCGAGUCUCCUCCUCGGGGCUUUUUGGCUUUGGCACGAGGACAACAACCCUCCGGUGAAGUUGCGUCAGUGUCCACUGGAUCUGAGGAGGGGGAGCAGCGCUGACGCGAUGUUUCAGCACAGCAAAAAAGGGAGGGGUGGACACCUGCCCCUCGUCCCUGUGAGGGGCACAGGGAACCAGCGGGAGCGUCUCCCCUUGGCUCCGGCUCCCCCGCAGCCUGUCCGCUCUCUCUGCUUCUUGCUUCACCUUCUGUUGCUCCAAAUAAAAACAGAGAGCCCAAAGCAGCAGUUCUCAGUGUGCCGUGACUCAGCUGAGCCCAGCGAUC